AUGUCUAUGUCCACGGAAGACUGCCAGAAGACCCGCGAGGGCUUCCCCCGCCCUUUCCCCGACACCCCGUCCAACGUUCUGGACCAGCUCCGUGUGACCGGUAAGGUCAUCGUGGUUACCGGUGCGGCAGACGGUAUUGGUUUCGCAGUCUCGGAGGCCAUGGCCGAGGCCGGCGGCAACGUUGCAUUGUGGUACAAUUCAAAUGACGCCGCCAUUCAGAAAGCGCAGGACUUGGCGAGCACGCACAAGAUCAAGACGUCGGCUUACAAGGUUGAUGUGUCCGACUCAACACAAGUUCAAGAAACCAUCGCCAAGGUCCUGAAAGACUUUGGCAAGAUUGACGUUUUCGUCGCAAACGCCGGCAUGGCCAUCUCGAAGCCCAUUCUGGAACAGACUCUGGACGAGUACAGGAAGCAGAUGUCCGUCAACGUGGACGGGAUCGUCUACUGCUCCAAGUACGCCGGCGAAGUCUUCAAGAGCCAGGGGUUCGGCAACCUCAUCAUCACGUCGAGCAUGAGCGGCCACAUCGUCAACGUGCCCGUGGACCAGCCCGUCUACAAUGCGACCAAGGCAUACGUCACGCACUUUGGCAAGUCGCUGGCCCGCGAGUGGCGGGAGUUCGCCCGUGUCAACAUCGUCUCCCCCGGCUUCUUCGACACGAAGAUGGGCGCGGGGCCCCAGGCCCUGCAGGAGGCGUAUCGCAUGGCGGCCCUCGGUAGGCAGGGUCACACCAAGGAGAUCAAGGGCUUGUAUCUCUACCUGGCGAGUGACGCCUCCACUUACAUGACGGGAAGCGACGUGCUCAUCGACGGCGGGUACGUCUUGCCCUAG